GCCGCGCCCGCUGGGUCUGUCCGGCACCGGAGCCCGGCGGGGCGGCGGCGGAGCUCGGAGGCGGCUCCGGCCCAGGGUGCCAUCGCCGCCGGUGUAAAGCUGUUCCCGAGGCGAUCUCCGAGAGGCUUUGUCAGCACUCCUGAUGGCUCGGGAGCAAGGUGCUGUUUGUUCCUGGCAGAGAGAUGAGGGCUGUGAGCUGGAGGGGAGUGAAUUCUGCACCACCCAUGGCGGGGUGAAUGAGUCCCUGGAGAACAGGUCAGCAACAGCGAAUCCACUCAGAAGAUUCCUGGGUGAAUGGUUCAGCUCCCAUCCUGUGCUCACGACGGUGCUGAUUCUGCUGCUCCUGGUGCUGGUGCUGGCUUUGGGGGUGGCCUUGGCUGUGCAGUCAGCACCACAGGUUCCAGUCACACCUGCGACUGCGCAGUUGGUUCUGGGCUGUCCCCAUGGCUGGGUUGGGUACAAUGGGGUCUGCUACUACUUGUCAAGGGAUUCCAGGAGCUGGGAGCAGGCUCAGGAACGGUGCUCCGAGCUCAGGGCCUCCCUGGCCAUUCUCAAGGAUGAGGCCAUGGAUUUGCUCUUCUGCCUCUGCGGGAACGUGGAUUACUGGAUCGGGCUGCGCAGACGGGGCGAGCGCCUGCACUGGGGGGACGGCAGCAGCUACAGCUCCAGGGUUCCUGUCUUUGGCAAUUCCCAGUGUGUGUACCUGGCUGAGAACAGAUUCAGGAGUGAGAACUGCUCAAAUGAGCGGCCGUAUGUCUGCAGCAAGGCCCAGGCUGCCCUGUGACAGGGCUGCGGAAAGGACCUUGUCCAUGCUGGGCAGUGCCAGCUCCAGCUGUGAGCCCAGCACAGCGCUGUCCUUCCUCAGCUGCACCCUGUGCCUUGCACUGACUCUCAGGGUCACCUCAGUGCCUGUUCAUCCCCAGUGCCAGCGCUGGGCUGGGUGUUCAGGGGAAAAGUCUCUGCAAUAUAUCCUGCCACUGGUGCUACCUGCAGUGACUGGAUUGCUCUCAUUAUAUGUGAGAAACACAGCUCUCUAUCCACCCUUUUUAUAAAACUUUCUAUAAAUAUCUUUAGUAUAGACAUAAAAAUUAUUUAUAAAUAUUUUAAAUGUUUAUAUAAUAUGACUUUCCUUUGCAUUAACAUAUUCUUUUGUUUGAUUUUAACCUUUGACUUGUCUUCAUGCUAUCUUGUCUAAUUAAACCAAUAUAUUUUAUGUUUUCUUGUAGUUCUAUCUUGUUGUAUUUUCACUCCCUGAUAAUGAGGGUCAAUAAUUGGUUUUUUUCAGCGUUCUUGUUUCUGUUUCUGUUACCGUGUCUUUCAGAUAAGCAAGUCUCCAAAUAUGGGAAAUCAAUUAUUUUACAUCAUUUUCUGAGUUAGUUACAUGAAACAAUAAUUUCAGCAUUUCAUAGUCUCUAUUAUUCUACGUUCUAAGACAGUAUCUAUUACACCUCUAUUUAUAGAAGCUAUAUGGUGCAUACAUAAAGUAACAGGUUAUACUAUAUUAAAAACAGUAAUUACAAUGUGUAGUAUAUCGGGAUUCUUGUGGUCAAUAAUUUGAAAAACUAAAGUAUGUACAUAAAUGUGAAAGCCAAUACCUAUAUUUGUAAAUUAUAACAUUAUAGAACAAGCUUGACUGGGGAAUGCAAAUUUCCCUGGACUCCUGGAAAUCAUCACAAACUGGCCUGAAGUUGAGACUUUAGGAUGGUCCUUGGAAGAUGUGAGAACGACCCUCACUUUCAAAAUUUCAAAGGUUCAUUAAACCAUAUCAUACAAUACUAAGGAAAAAAUUACAGCACUGGGUUCUCUGGGACUAUCAGCCACGUGCCCAUUUACAAAAUGGUGCUCUGCCUUUUAUACCCUCAGCCCCUCCCAAAGCUGUGUCAGUGAACCCUUCUCUGCCGUGCACUGGUGCAGAUCACUUCCUUACAUCUCGACUGGAGCUCAGGUGCUGUCCUGUCGCCCCUCCUGGUUAUAAACCAGCCCUCCCCAAAUGCCCUGGGCUGCUGAGGCUGUCACAAGGAGGAGGGGAAAGGGCACUGUGGGAGGUCAUAUUACAGUAACAGCACUAUACAUGUACAAAAAUUCUCCUAAUAUACACGUCAUAUCUAUCUCUUAAUUGUGAGAGCCACCCAUCACAUCAUUCAUCUAUAACAAACCACAAUUUUCCUUUCUUAUGAGUCAUGUGGCUCAAACAAUUAACUCUCAUUUGAAUUCUGAUAACCUACUCCUCUAAAAUAAAUUAAUGAGUCAUACUAGCAUCUGUUGAUGUGGGCAAGGACAGUGGGAACAGAAGGAAAACAUCUCAGGUGUUCUUUAGACACACUUAUUUGGAAUGGACCAAAUGGGAUCACUGAGGUCUGGUAUGGCUUUUUUACCCCCAUCUGCCGUGCCUGUGGGGCUGCUGCCCAUAGCAGGUGUAUCUCAGUGGUGAGUACAGGGGCCAAGCCAGCCUUGCCUUCUAGUCCCUGUUGUAUUUAGAGGCACCUGAGGAAUGACAGAGCUCUGGUGUGGCUUUCUUGCCCCCACCUUACCAUGCCUAUGGGAUUGCUGCCCACAGCAGGGCUAUGGAACCUUCUCAGUGGGGAACACAGGGGCCAACCUGGUGUUGUCCGCUAUGGGUUGUGAGGGCCCUCCCCUGUCUGAGUGCUCUGAUUUCAGCUUAGAUCUCCCUGUUUCUACAGGGGCAACUGCUGCUGGCUGUGGCUGCCUUUGCAGUUCAGCUGGAACCUGGACAGUUGUAACAUCUGUGGGUUCUACAGCUGCACUGUUAGAUUCUCUCUCUUUGAGGCAAGGGGAGGGCUUCUCACCAGCUGGGGAAGUGCACUCCUUCAGCAUCUUGCACAUCUCCUUCACUAGACCCCCCACCCAAUCUGGGUCUUCAUAUCUGGGGUGGGCUGUGGGGCAGGGGCAGGUUCUGGGACAGCAACAUCCCUGGUCUCUGGUGCCGUGCCAGGUUCUGGGGCAGGUGUCAGGGUGGUUAUCCAGGUUAAUCUUCCCUUGUCUCUAAAUGCCGAAAACAGCAACACCAGCCACUGUAUUAUAUCAUUAGUAUUUAGAGUGGAUGUGAACCCUUCAAAAACUGGUGGGACAGACCUAAAGAGAUUCUUAAAGUGUUGGGAGAAAAUUUCUCCUGGUAUCAUUUCCUUACACCCUCUGGGUGGAGCAUCUCACAAUGGGAUGUUGUUGUUCUUAUCAGUCACGCGGUGACAUUCAGUAGCCCGUUACCAGCAGGUGUCUCCCCUGAGAGAGGAUUGGUUGUGGAAGAGAUAAGGAAAACUGCCCACUGAACAGAAGACAACUGCCAUAGAGAUGGCAAAUGGAAUACAUCUCGCCUUUCAGUCAGGGACAUUAUAUUACACUGUAUUACACUAACAAGAACUGUCACUAACUAACUAACUAGAAAACCCAUGACUCUCUCCUGAGAGUCCCAACACACACGUGGGUCCAAUUGGUCAAUGAAUCCAAAACACCAUCACCAGAAUCCAAUCAAGCAAUCACCUUGGGGAAACAAUAUUCAGACCACAUUUUCACAUGGGCACAAACAAGAACAACGAAUGAGUUAAUAAUUGUUUUGAUUCUCUUUUCUCUGCUGCUCUCAGAAAUUCUCUCAGGAGAAAUCCUGAGAAAGCAAAGUCUCCCUCUGUUCAGAGGGCAUGUGAAUACCACACCGUACAAGGUUGUGCUCUGUCAAGGGGCACCUUUGACUUCUGAACUGAGGAGGGCACGUGUGGCCUCUGCUGCUGGGGAGGGCAGCUCACAGUCCCCUGGGGAUGGGGUAAGGAAAGCUCCAGGCCUCUCUGCAGGGGUGACAGUGACUUUGAAACACAGUUUUUCAUCAAGAUUUCUUCUUGGACUGAAAGGGGGAAAGGUAUCUGUGUUAGGCAUGGGAAUUGGAGUGGAAAACAACUACAAUUUCUAAUAAAUAAUUCUCAUCAGUG